GUAUCUCUCCCCAAAGCCAUCGUCGAACUUUCCCCCAAAGCCCGAAACCCUAAAACCGCAACGAUCUUCGAAGGAUUUACUGUUAUUGACUUCUUGUUUGUGCUUGACGCUUGCCCAUCUAUGGCUUCCGCUGCUUGCAAUGUUGGGAGCUCGUUGAGGUUUCCGGCCAGUGAACCUGGUCGGCAUCUUGUUUGCGGUGGUUCGGCUUCUUCGCUUUGCUUCCGGAGUUAUCGGGCUUGGGGUACGAUAUUUGCCUCCACCGGCUGUGCUCAGGGAUCGCCUACAUCGUUGCCUCGGUGGAACUUCGUCGUUAGGGCUUCGGUUGCCGAUGAAUCUGAUGAUAUUUCCGGUACGCGCGGUGGCAACGGAAGCUCGAAUUGUUUCGAGGAUAGAGUGGUGGUUCUUGUCAUUGGUGGCGGUGGAAGGGAACAUGCACUUUGCUAUGCCUUGCAGCGAUCUCCAUCCUGUGAUGUAGUUUUCUGUGCCCCAGGUAAUGCUGGAAUUUCCCAGUCUGGGAAUGCCACCUGCAUACCAGACCUAAACAUUCUUGAUAGCAAAGCAGUGAUUUCCUUUUGCCAAAGAUGGGGUGUUGGAUUGGUGGUUGUUGGUCCCGAAGCUCCUCUAGUGGUUGGUCUUGCUGAUGAUCUUGUCAAGGUUGGGAUCCCUACUUUUGGCCCAUCAGCAAAAGCUGCAGCACUAGAAGGAUCGAAAGAUUUCAUGAAGAAGUUAUGUGAUAAAUAUGACAUCCCUACAGCAAAGUAUCAAACUUUUAUCAAUCCUUCCUUUGCAAAACAAUAUGUAAAGGAGCAAGGUGCACCUAUUGUUGUGAAGGCAGAUGGGUUGGCUGCUGGGAAGGGAGUGAUUGUGGCCAUGAGUUUAGAGGAGGCAUAUGAAGCCAUCGAUUCUAUGCUUGUUGAUGGUGCAUUUGGUUCUGCUGGUUCACAAGUUAUCAUAGAAGAAUUUCUUGAAGGAGAGGAAGCUUCUUUCUUUGCUCUUGUAGAUGGUGAGACUGCCAUACCUCUUGAAUCUGCCCAGGAUCACAAAAGGAUUGGAGAUGGUGACACUGGACCAAAUACAGGUGGAAUGGGUGCAUACUCCCCUGCACCAAUACUCACAAAAGAGCUCGAGUCUAUUGUUAUGGAUUCAAUAAUCCUUCCAACAGUGAAGGGAAUGGAAGCCGAGGGUCACAAAUUUAUUGGGGUACUUUAUGCUGGACUCAUGAUCGAGAAAAAAACAGGAAUGCCUAAACUCAUCGAGUACAAUGUGCGGUUUGGGGAUCCAGAAUGUCAGGUUCUAAUGAUGCGUUUGGAGUCUGAUCUGGCACAAGUUUUACUUGCAGCUUGCAGGGGAGAAUUGGGCAGUGUUUCAUUAGAGUGGUCACCUGGAUCAGCAAUGGUGGUGGUAAUGGCUAGCAAAGGUUAUCCUGGAUCCUACAAGAAAGGAACCAAGAUAAGAAACCUUGAAGAGGCAGAAAUGCUUUCACCUGCAGUUCAGAUCUUUCAUGCUGGCACUGAUAUAGACCCAGAUGGCAAUUUCAUUGCUGUUAGUGGUCGUGUCCUUGGGGUUACCGCCAGGGGCAAAGAUCUUGAAGAAGCUAGAGAAAGAGUUUACGAUGCUGUGGAAGCAGUGGAUUGGCCUGAAGGAUUCUUUCGCCAUGACAUUGGCUGGAGAGCACUUCACGUCAAGCAAUUUACCUACAAUCUGUGAUAGGGUUUUCCUAUACAUGGAGAGAUCAAACCUUGUGGCCUUGCGGUAUUAAAAAUUCAAACUGCAGCUUCUUUAGAUAGAAGGAUUUGGAAGCUUCGAUGAAUCAUCUCUAAUGUUGAAUAUCCCUGUAUAUUUUAUAGUAUGUAAAAUUAAAUUUUCUCUUGGAUUUUUAUUGCCAUUUUGACAGGAUCCAUUUUCACUGUCCA